AUGGCUUCCGUGAGAUCUAUCAUCCUUACUGGUGCCAAUGGAUCUUCAGGCAUUGUAGCAUCCGAAUACCUUCUGAAGACGUAUCCCCAAUACCAUGCCAUCCUCACCGUCAGAAGCGCCAGUGACGAUGACUCCAAUACCCGGGCUCUGAGAGCUGUCGUCUCCAAAUACUCUUCUGCCAAGGCUACGAUCCAUCAGCUGGAUCUAUCUAGUCUUACAGAUGUAAAAGAGUUCACCGAUAAGAUCAAUACCGACAUUCAAACCGGUGCUAUUCCACCUCUGAAGGCCAUUAUCUGCAACGCUUACUACUGGAAUCUAGUGAGCGAGGCAGUACUUACCAGUGAUGGCUACGAGAUGACUAUUCAAGUCAGCUACAUCUCCCAUGUUGCCCUAGUUUUGCGUCUUCUCGCCUCCUUUGGGUCCGAUGGACGGAUUGAACUGCUCUCUAGUGUUGUUCAUUACCGUCGCAAGCUAGCUCUCAUGUCACCAUACAUCCCCGAGGUCCCCGAAGCUGUCAACAUGGAUAAUGUGAUCCACCCACCGCCUGAUCCAGAUUAUCAAGGAAGGGGAUUCUACAGAUACGCAUCUGCUAAACUGUUUACCACUGCCUGGGCGUUUGCCCUAAACCGCCAUCUUGAGAAAGACCCGAAGCUCAAACAUAUCACGGCCGUCGCGAUGAACCCGGGGAAUAUGUGGGAUGCACGAAGUUUUGAAGGAAACACACCUAGCUCUAUACAAGCUAUGAGGAAGUACCUUUUUAAGCCCUUCCAGCCAGUGAUUCGCCGUGUCCUUGAUCCCACCUUCCGCAAGACAUCUGAGGCUGGAAUCGAUAUAAUUGAGCUUGCUCUCAAUCCAAAGUUUGAUGGCGAACGAGGAUACUAUACCAUGCUUAAGAAAGAUGAACCUGAUCCUGCGGUCGUCGAUGUGGCUGUUCAGGACCGGGUAUGGGCUAAGAGUCUCGACUGGUCUGGAGUUACAAAGGAACAAACGGUAUUAGAUAUCAAUCCUCGGAUUAGAGACUAG